ACACAGAAAGGUUUUUACACAAAACAUAAAUCUCAACUGCUGUGUAUUUCUCAAAGUCCUUUAUUCUUUCUUUUAAGUUAUCAUUUGAAGUUACAAAAGUAUCUCACUAUGGGUAUCAAAAUGAGUCCCCUUAUUCAAGGUACUAGAAUCUUGAGGAGGUUUUCAAAUUUCGGAGGUGUUCCCAAAGGACAUUGUGCAGUAUAUGUAGGAGAGAGCCAGAAGAAGAGAUUCGUUGUGCCAAUAUCUUACUUGAGCCAGCCUUUAUUUCAAGAAUUGUUAGCUCAAGCUGAAGAACAUUUUGGGUUCGAUCAUCCAAUGGGUGGUCUCACAAUACCUUGCAAAGAGGACGUGUUCGUUCAUCUCACAUCCCACUUGAGGAGAUCAUGAAUUCUCCUGCACAUUAAAUUUUGUAAAGUAGUUAUAGGACUUAGAUAUUAGAUAGAGGAAAAUUCACUGUAUAGUACAGAAACACAAGAAUCAAGAAAAAUAUUUCAUGAUCAAUUUAUGAAUAGUAAAAGUUCUACUUCUGAUUAA